AAAACUCACGUAUGCUGUACACAUAAAACUGUCUGAUAUAAAUUUUACCAUUUACAUACCGAUGUAAUGUUUGAAACGGACAAGUGUGGUUAUGCUACACAUGUGCUGGUUUUGUUCUGAUCUCAUGAACAGGUUGAAACGCUAACUAUGAUUGGUUGAGUUUCUUCUACGCUGCAGAACAUUGGAAAAUGUGUUAGUUCACUAAAAAUGCUGGGUACGAGUUAGUGAAUUCGUUUAAAAAUAUUGAAACAAUAUCAGAACAUUAACAAUAUUCUCAAAUGAGGUGAUAUCUAAUCAUGAAUAGUGGACGAAUUAUGUGGACAAUUUGCAUACCAUUCCUCCUUAGUAUAUAUACAUUGUCGGGUCAAGAAAUCUCUGAAACCCAUGGAACAAGAUGCACAUAUGAGGGAGAUAUUUUGCUUCCCACGCCAUGUGAAACGUGUAAGUGUGUGAAUGGACUAUAUGAAUGCACAGUUGAAGACGGAUGUGAUGUGGAUUUAAAAACACGAGAAAAUGAAAAGGAAACAUUAAGUAGUGAAGUAUCGCAUUCCAGUGGCAUCGGCACAGUCCUCGAUGACGCCCGUGGACCGCCAGGUGCUCCGGGAUUACAAGGAUCUCCUGGAAGACAAGGACCACGGGGUGACUCGGGAUCUAACGGUGGGCAUGGUAUCCCUGGUCCACCCGGACCACCAGGUGUACCAGAUAUGUCUGCUGACCAGGCCUAUGCUAACUACUACGCUGCAGUUUAUGGACCACAAUAUAAGGCUGGUGGUGCACAAAGACCACAGUACAUGACUGCUAAUAUGGGACCUUAUGGACCACGUGGACCAAUCGGGCCAACAGGACCACAGGGUCAGCAGGGUUUACAAGGACCAAGAGGAGAAUCUGGAGAUCCUGGCCCUCCUGGCCAACCAGGAAGUCGAGGACCAUCUGGGAACCCAGGAGUAAAAGGCAUACAGGGCGAUCCAGGCAAGAAUGGAGAAGUUGGACCUCUUGGAUUACCCGGCAGAAAGGGUCCUGCUGGGGUCCCAGGUAUGCCAGGAAUUCCAGGUGCAAAGGGCCAUAGGGGUUUAAACGGAAUUCCAGGACCAACAGGAGAGCAAGGUCUACCGGGAGAGAAGGGAUCUAUGGGGCCUUCGGGUCCACCUGGACCUCCUGGUCUCCAAGGGCAGAGGGGGGUACCUGGUGAACGUGGUCGUGAUGGCGAUAGAGGCGCCUCUGGAAUGAAUGGAGUAGAUGGACUCCCAGGUCCCGUUGGAGCUCCUGGAGUAAUGGGUCAAACAGGUGCACCUGGUGUCCCUGGUAUUCCAGGUCCAAAGGGAGAGGCCGGAGCACCAGGACCGAAAGGUUCGGCAGGACUUCAAGGACAAAGAGGAGAGAGUGGAAUGCCUGGUCUUCAGGGUGAUGAAGGGGCCCCUGGAAUGGAUGGAAUACCUGGAUCAACUGGAGAAAAGGGAUCAUCUGGUGACCCGGGACCUGCAGGCAUGCCUGGAUUUCCUGGACCCAGAGGUCCAUCUGGUAUACCCGGAUCCCCUGGUCUUCCAGGCCCAAAAGGAGCAUCUGGACAACCUGGGCAAACGGGAUACAAAGGGGAACGAGGGCCCAAGGGCAUACCGGGGAGUACUGGAGACAGGGGUCAUCCAGGGAAUCCUGGCCCCGAGGGAAAACGAGGAUUAAGAGGGUCUAUGGGAGAUCCCGGACCACAGGGACCACCAGGAGAUAGGGGCGGCAUUGGAGAGAGGGGUCUACCAGGACCUGUGGGAGAUCCGGGAUCACCAGGAGAAGAAGGUGAACCAGGCCCACGUGGAAAUAGAGGAGAGCCUGGACCGAACGGAGAAUCAGGGAGAAUGGGUCCUCCCGGUCCCCGUGGACUUAGAGGACCCGAAGGUCGACCAGGAGUGGAUGGAAUGCAGGGUCGAGUAGGCGAUCCGGGAAUAAGUGGAAACGAUGGACGCCCUGGAGAAAUGGGACCACCAGGAAAUCAAGGUGUUGUUGGUGUUCAAGGACCUCAGGGACCGGCAGGUGGAAGGGGCCCUCCGGGAAGGGAUGGAAAUCAGGGAGCCGUAGGCCCUGAUGGACCACAAGGUGACGCUGGACCAAUGGGAGAAAGUGGACCGACGGGAAACCCCGGACCCCAGGGAAUCGUUGGAGACCGUGGACCCCCUGGAAACCAAGGGACUAGAGGGUUCCCCGGACCCCCAGGAGCAACAGGACCCCCAGGUUCCCCAGGCAAGCCUGGAGAUCCAGGUCCCCCAGGAGCGGCAGGAAACACUGGAAGACCAGGAGCCAAUGGAGAAAGAGGGUUUCCAGGUGACCAGGGUGUUCCGGGACUAGCAGGCGAACCUGGUUCUCCGGGACCACUGGGACCAGCAGGGCGUGAUGGAGAAAGGGGAUCACCCGGACUAAAAGGCGAUCGUGGUGAAAUAGGAUCUCCCGGACCAGCCGGACUUCGUGGACCUCGUGGACCACAGGGCCUGAGGGGACCAAAAGGAGAGCUGGGCGAAACUGGGGAAACAGGUCCUGAUGGAACACCAGGUAGAGCAGGUCCACAAGGUCCCCCUGGUCCUCAAGGAGAUAUGGGACCUGAGGGAUUAACAGCAGAACCCGGGGUUAAAGGAGAUCCUGGAACGAAAGGAGAACAAGGGCCACGGGGAGUAGCAGGAGACAGAGGACCGCAAGGACCUGAAGGAGAACCUGGAAUCCAAGGACCUCCUGGACUUGCUGGUCCACAAGGUGCCCGUGGAACAAAUGGAUUACCGGGACAAAAAGGAGAACAGGGGGAUAGUGGUAUAGUUGGUCCCCCAGGAGUAAGAGGAGCACCCGGUGUCGACGGCAUACCUGGCAGAAAAGGGGAACGGGGAGAUCGAGGCAUUGUUGGAAUUCCUGGACAACCUGGUUCAGUGGGGAGAAAUGGUCCCCAGGGACAUCCUGGGAAGCCAGGAGCACCUGGACCUCAGGGACCAACAGGCAACGAUGGUCUCGUGGGAAUACGGGGUGAACCUGGACCUAUGGGUCCAAGAGGGGAGGACGGUUCCCCAGGAAAUCCAGGGCAACCAGGUCAAAAAGGAUCCAGAGGCGAAGAUGGAGCUGAGGGACCCAUGGGACCUAUUGGACCAAUCGGAAAUGCUGGAGAGAUGGGACAACCGGGAGAACCAGGUGUUCGCGGAGAGAGAGGGCCUAUGGGAGCAGUCGGUCCAAUUGGUGUACCUGGAGAAGCUGGUAAGUCUGGAUUAGAAGGUCAACCCGGAAAGCAAGGUCCCCAAGGACCACCUGGAAACCCAGGAGCUGUAGGAGAACAGGGAUUAUCCGGAAAUCCCGGACCAGACGGUGCCCCUGGAAUGACAGGUCGCACUGGUGAGAAAGGACCUUCCGGAGAAAUGGGCCCAUCUGGACCACCAGGGUUGCCUGGGUUCGCUGGACCACCUGGAAUAACUGGUGCGACAGGCCCAAGUGGUGAAAGGGGACCAAGGGGUGAACCAGGUCCAGCGGGCUCUCCUGGGGCACCUGGAGUACGUGGAUCACCGGGCGCAAAUGGGCUCCAAGGUGAUUCUGGAGAGAAAGGUGAUCAAGGUUUGGAGGGUGAAAAGGGGGAUCCUGGUUUAGUUGGAAUGCCAGGGUUACCUGGACCAGAGGGACCUAGUGGAGAACCAGGACCAAUGGGACAAUCUGGUCCUGUAGGACAAAGAGGACCAAGUGGAAGAAGGGGAUCAUAUGGGGAAGAGGGAAAAUCUGGUUCACCUGGACAACAGGGACCUAUGGGGCCUCGUGGACAAAAAGGAGAUGCUGGGCGUACGGGUGUAAUGGGAGAUAUUGGACCCCCUGGCGCUCCGGGUGCCCCUGGCCCAUCUGUAUAUGGAGCCGCUUUACAAGGAUGGUUCCAGAGAGCGCCAGUUUAUAAAGGACCUGCGUACCAAGGCGAUGAGGCUCAAACACCAGAAGCUGAAAAUGUGUUUAAGGCACUUCAAGAUGUCACAGAAGAAUUGAGAUUAUUGAGGAAUCCAGACGGAUCCAAAGAAUCCCCAGCUCGUACUUGUCAUCAAAUAAAAGAGAACAAACCAAAUGCAAAUGAUGGAUACUAUUGGGUGGAUCCUAAUGGAGGAGUGAAGCUAGAUGCUAUCCAAGUGUAUUGCAAUUUCAGAAGUAAGAAGACAUACACAUGUGUUCAACCAGGACUUAAUAUGACAAGCAUGCAGACUGGCAGUCAAAAUUCAAAGUCAAUUACAUGGUUUGCUGCGGAGUAUUUGCCGGACAAAGAGAUUCCAUAUCAAGCAAAAGUAGUACAAAUUAAAUUUCUCCAAAACUUGCACGAUAAAGCGGAUCAAGAGAUCACUUACCACUGCAAAAACUCAGUGGCUUAUAGUGACGGGCAGUCAAAAAGCAAAGAUAAAGCGCUUCUCUUCACAACAUUCAACGGUGACUGGCUUGGUGCAAACAAUAAGAAAAAGUUUCGAUACAAAGUUAAGAGUGAUGGAUGCCAGAUAAAAGAUGGCUCAUGGGGGAAAACGGUAUUCGAAAUUAAAACAAAGAAAACUACUAGACUACCGAUUAUGGAUAUUGGUAUUAGUGAUAUAGGAGGAGAAGAUCAAGCCUUCAAAUUGGAAAUCGGUCGUGUUUGCUUUUCAUGAAACACUGGUGUAUUCAUAUGUGUUAUGAUGUGUGGAGCGUUUUAAAAUUGAAUUUGGGUGGGAAUGAGUGUAUGUAUUUGUGUACGUGUGUGUGUGUGUGUGUGUGUAGGUAAGUGUGUGGGUGUGUGAUUUACGAGUGAUGCCGAAUAAUAAAAAGUCACAGUUGGUAUCAAGUCGUCAUAUACCAACUCUGGUUUGCCAAGAUGCAGGUUACGCUGUUUCACUGAUAUAUAUGUGUGCAAUGUUUUCAGGACUAAUUAUCAUAUUGAGAAGGAGGCUUUAUAUUUUGUUCACAUUUCUAUCUUGCCAUUGUUCAUUUGAAUAUUCUUUAAAAUUGAAAUAUUUCAUUUUAAUAAUAAACAUAUUGGGGGAAAAAAGAAA